GAAUGCAAAUUUGAUGGUCUCUUCCCUGAGCUUCAUAGAGGUUCAAUCUUUGGUUUGAUAGUCGAGUAUAAUUCCAUCGACGGUGUCUCGAUUCACUAGUUCAUCGCUCGUCUGAAGUUUAAAACUCAAAGGCUCGUGAGAUCUGCGCACUGAAGAUAUCGAGGAAAUUUCUAUUGGCGAACAGCGAGCAGCGAUCAAGAAUAAGCUCGAUCGGAUCGAACGAGCUCGCUAGUCUGCAGCAGUUCCAGCGGGGGGUUACACGAGCUGCGAUUCAGCUGGUCCCCCAUACAGCCUUCAACGGUCUGUCCGACGCGCAUACGUAGCGUAUCCCUUACGCCUCACGACUUCCUCUCACCCUCCGACGCCGACGAUUUAAAAAUCGGCAGAGCAAGCGAAACGUGCUAGACCUCGCCAUUCCUCAUCAUGAAUGGCUUUAUCUGGGUGCCGAUAUCAGUAUUCAUUGGCGCUGUAGCGCUGUUCAUUCUCAUCGGGGCAGUCUGCAGACUCUCAUCUCUCGGCGCACGUAACUCCGGCGCUGGUUCUGCGAGUUUCGGAGGAUCUGCAGGAUCUGCAGGUGGUGGAAUCGGAGGAGAUUCUGGAGGAGGCUUUGGAGGAGGAGGCUUUGGAGGAGAUACUGGAGGAGGCGGAGGAGGCGGAGGAGGUUGUGGUGGAGGUGGUGGAGGUGGAGGUGGUGGAGGAGGGGGAGGAGGCGGGGGAGGUUGAUGAUUCUGGCCUCUCAGCUUUGUGUUUACAGAACUGCAUUCAAAACUAGUGCGAUCCCGACUCCAUCGAUUGAGUGCGAAUGGCUUUCACGUCCAACUAAAACAAGUAAUAAAGAUGUAAAAAUAGGUAUUAUAGUACCAUUAAAAAAAGGAGCACCUGUGGAAACAUCUCUACUUACCAACCAUUGAAAUAGUAUGGGUGCUGCUGUGCCACAAAGCACAACCAAAAAAAUCGACCCAAAUGAACUCUAAUUGCACGUUGUACAAUGAUAUCAGACCGAGCCAUUGUAGCUGGCCAUUGUAGGGUCUGCUGAUUGAAUUGCGGUCCCAAAACAGGUGUAAAUGCUCUCUGUCCAAUUCCAGAUUGUCGCCAAUUCGAGAUUUUGCUUAGAAACAAUGUACAGAUUCUUUCUUCAGAAGCCCUGCUCUUAACCAGACCAUGCCACUGCGUUGUCGAGGUCUUCUAGGUUUCAUUGUUUAUUCAGAUAGUCUAGACCGUAGAUGACGACAUUGAUGCUAGUCAAUCUUUCACGAUGACACUUGGUGCCUUUGAAGUUAUGGAUCAUUCCAAAGUGAAUCGCAGUGUUUAAUGUGAUCGUGUCACUGCCUCAUGAAGACUGAAGGCACCAAAUCAAUUCCACGAACAAUGUAAGGACACACUUGUGAAAUACUUGUACGUCGAUGCUCAAAUACGCAAAAAAAUUGAAUUACAGAUCAAUGGGACGGCCUUAAGAGGGACUUAAUUAGAAUCGAAUAUCAUAUAAGAAUUAGUUUGAAUUUCGGGUGGAGGAAAUUCAUCUCAUCUGAUCUGAAGUAGGAAGUUUCAACUCUGGAUCUUCGAGACGAUGGCGCAGACCUAUGGUAGAUCAGUCUCAGUGCUUUUGGGUGUUCGUCACAUGUUCCUAUGAUCACUUUGACGUUGUCGAGAUAUCGAUAGCGGUGACAAACAAAAGCGUCUUGACAGCUUUUUGUGUUCUUGUGUCUCUUGACUAAAAUUUGUCUGCGUACGCAACCAGUUAAUA